GGCUCUGCCGCCGGUUGCGCCGUCGCCGUGGCCAUGCGUCGCUGAGGCGGGCGCUGGCCGGGUCUCGCCAUGGGGCUCCCGCCGCCCAACGGCAGCCUCGGCUUCACCGGCGGCCCCCCGCAGCCGGGCGGGGGUGCGGCGGUGGGGCCGGGAGACCGCGGCUGCGAGAACGGGGCCCUCAUGGACAGCUUCGGCAUCUUCCUGCAGGGGCUCUUGGGCGUCGUGGCCUUCAGCACCCUCAUGCUAAAACGCUUCCGAGAACCAAAGCAUGAACGACGUCCCUGGAGGAUAUGGUUUUUAGAUACUUCCAAGCAAGCCAUAGGGAUGUUAUUCAUCCACUUCGCAAAUGUCUAUUUAUCAGACCUUACAGAAGAAGACCCCUGUUCACUGUACCUUAUCAACUUCUUGUUAGAUGCCACAUUAGGGAUGCUGUUAAUCUACAUUGGUAUACGUGCAGUCAGCAGCAUUGUGGAGUGGCAGCAGUGGGAGUCCCUUCGCUUUGGUGAAUAUGGUGACCCACUGCAGUGCACUGCUUGGGUGGGCCAAUGUGCUCUGUACAUAUUGAUUAUGACAUUUGAGAAAACCAUCAUCAUUAUAGUGCUGCUUAUACCUCAGUGGAAAGAGGUAGCUUUAUUGAACCCUAUAGAGAACCCCCAGCUGGAGCUGGCUAUCGUCAUGCUGAUAGUUCCCUUCUUUGUUAAUGCAUUAAUGUUCUGGGUAGUAGAUAAUUUUCUUAUGAAGAAAGGGAAGACAAAAGCUAAACUUGAAGAAAAGGAAGCAGGACAAGAUUCAAGAAAUGGAAGUAAAGUCCGAUACAGGAGAGCAGCAUCACAUGAAGAGUCAGAGUCAGAAAUCCUUAUUUCAGCAGACGAUGAGAUGGAGGAAUCAGAUGCUGAAGAGGACUUGCGUAGACUGACCAACUUAAAACCCAUUAAAAAGAAGAAGCAUCGCUUUGGUCUGCCUGUAUGACAAAUUCCCUGACCUGUGUAUUUGCAGGUUUCAUGGCAAAAACUUCAGUCGGUGGCGUUUAAUGUUGCAAUUGCGUCUCCCUUUUCAUACAAAGUGACUUAAAAGCAAGGUCUACCAACAGAACGCAGAUGGUUGGAAGGCUUCCAGUUCAGUUGCACUACAGACACACUGACCAAUAUGCAAGAAUGUGUUUCCAUCAUGUGUGAAAAAUACAGCGUUGUUAAGGACUAGUCGCUAAGGGGAUUUGUAUCUGACACGUCAGAGAAGAUCCCAGGAAGCAGAUGCAGCAAUCUUUCACUUGUGGUUACCGAUGGUGCAGUUUAAGAUGUUCUCGAAAAGGCAUCAGAAUCAACUAAGUUAAAGGAGUGUGUUUUAUUACUAAAACUGGCUUUUGCAGCAUAAUUCCUAGAGCAGAAUAGUUUAUGGUUACAAGCUGUAACUUAACGUUAUUUUUUUAAGUACAAAUGUUUACUUGCUACCGGGUACCUAUGGAACUAAUAGGUGGAACAAAGAUUUUUUUCCAAGUCUCCUCAAAUCUAUUUGACUAUUUUAUAUUUAAGUUAUAUUUUCAUACAGUUGUAUUUAAAGAUUCUCUUUGUCAGAAAAAAGGGUGCAGUUCCCUUUUUUUGUGCAGAGCAGGUCAAAAGAUUUGUAGUAAAAAUCUUAUUUAUCCUUGUGUCCUGGUUUAAGACAAAGGGAUUGCAGAGAGAAGAGCUCUGUCAGUGCUGAAGUCACCAAAUACCACAAAAAAAUGCAGUUCUAAGUGUGCUUCUGACCACAUAAUUUGACAAUACCUUUUUUAAUAGGAGGUGGUGUUUGCAUAUUUGACAAACGUGCACUUUAGUGUAUAACAAAAAUCUGUUGUGAUAGGUUAUUUGUGAAACUAGUGUCUAUGGAUGACUGUAAUUAUUUGUUUCUGCAAGUCUCUUGUGCAUACCUCUCAAAUGACCCAGAAGAGAUGGAAUGUUCCUUAUGCUUUUUGUUAUAUAGGGCCCAUGGUACAAGACGGUGACCUGACUGAAGCAGUUGUGCUGUAAUAGCGCAACUAAUUCUGUUCCUUGGUUUUUGUUGGAAAAGCAGUCUUCUUUUUAAUAUCCUGAAAAAAGAUUUCUCCUGUUUAAUUUCCAUAAAGUCUGAUUAUCCUUUAGUCCUUAAGAAAAAUCCCAAGAGGUAUAACACAAUUGCUACUCCAGAAUUCCUGUGAUUUUCAGUGUCUGUCUUCUCAUAACUGACAACACGUGCUGAUCUGAAACCUGGCAAGCAUGUUUUCAGUGACAUCCUUUAGCUUUGCAUGUUUUCUCAAUGAUUGUUUCUGACAGCUUUCCUUGCUCAGUCAAACCUUGUGCAGGACAAGGCGAUGUGUCAAAGAGGUGACAACAGACCUUAACUGCAAAUCUGUUGUAGUAUCUGGACAUCAGAAAUGAUCCAAGCCUUAAACCAAACAGUUUCAUUGGAAAACUGCUCAGAACUUUUUAAGAUUUUUUUACAUUUUUUUAUAGAUUUACUAGGUCUUAAUGUGAUUUAUUAUCCAGACCACUUAAAUGGGCCUUAGUAAAUACUGAACUGUGCGCUCCCGUACCUAUUUUCACUAUUCCAGCAUUGCUUUUCAUUGCUUGGCUGCUGAGGUGACCAGAGUGCUCUGAGACUUCAGGUGCCCGGCCAGCUAGACGGGGCAUUUUACCAACCCUAAUAUUUGCUCGUUUAGUUGAGCUACUGACCUUUGUUACUGUGCACUGACAUGUAAUAACUGCAAUAAGUUUUAGUGUUUCUUUUAGACUAAAUCUAGAAACUAAGGACAAUGGAAGCUUAAUUGAGUUAUUCCCCCCCCCCCUUUAGAAUAUGUCCCUAAUCAGUGUUGCCUCUGUUUUAGGGGUUGGUUGUUGGUGUUUUUUUCUCAUUGAUUGUGACUUGCAUCUUCACUGACUAUGUACCACUGGGCGGGCGCAUAUCUCCAAAAGCACAGUACUUCAAAGAAUUCAUUUUCAUGCACAGAAUAGUCUCAUACAGCUCACUUUUUGGAAGGGGCUUAACAGCUAGGACUGGCUCUUGUUGCAGAUGUCAGCAUUUUAAUGUUUUAGCGUAGGAUUUGUUCUAUUUCAGGUAGUGAAAUAAAGCUGUUCAACACUGCCCAGCCCUUGCUGUCCUCGUCAGCCAUCAGAGGUAACUGAGCAGCACACACAAAUUUAACUGUAUGAGUUUUCAUUUUAUCUUCUUUUACCCUCUUUUUCUCCAGUUACCUAAAUUAUCGAAUUAUUUCUGUUUCUAGUCUCAUGUUUAGUCUGUGAACUGUUAGUAUAAAAUUAUGGCCUUAAUCAUGUAAAAAUGUUUGUUUUGAGCAGACCUCAAACUUACUGACCAACUACAAAACAGUGUAAAGCACUAUGGAGCAGUUUCUUGAAGAUGUUUGUAGCAAAGUUAUAUGAAUGCCUAAUUGUUCAUGUCUUAAGUGCUUUAAUGUCACUUGGUUUGAGAUUUUGAUAUGCCUAGCAAGAUGAUGUAGUAAAGCACUGUGAGCCAAAGAGACAGAAGUAUUUUGAAUACCACAGUAGUAACAGGAGGGGGGAAAACAGCUCUACCCUUCUCUACUAAGGUAAAUUUAUUUACAAUCUUAGCCAAGUAACAAAAACUGGGUAGGAAUUGUUUGUUUUGUUGGUGGGUUUUUUUUUCCUAUUCAUUCCUUUUUAUUAUGUUAAAGAGAUGGAAAUGUAAAAUUGGCAGUUUCUCUCUUUAUAAGAUAAAAAUUGGAAUUCAUGUAGUAGGUGCAAGCAGCACAAGUGCUCUGUGUGCAGAGCUUGUAUGUGGGAGAAGGAAGUAUGUGCCUCGUGCUUCACUAUGUUUUACUGUUCAUUGAAAUGUGUUGGCUGUACAGUCUGAAAUAAACUUUUCAUAAAGAGUUGGCCCAGUAGUAGUACUAGAACAUGAUGACUUUGCAGUAUCCUCGAAUUAUUGCUCUAAAUUUGUGCCUGGUAAACGUACUUCAUGACAGCUCAUAGGAAAGGUUUAAUUCAGGCUGUGCUUAAGAAAUGGGAUUCUGUUUAAUGAAAAUAAGCUAUGUAGGAUAUGCUGAAGUAAGAGAAAGGGAUUGUAACUUAAAGAAGAGACACAGAAGUGUUAGCGGAGAUUGAAUUUACCACUAAUGGUCAACCCAAAUGUAUUAACUGUUUCUAGAAUCUGUGACACAUCUGCAUAAACUUAAAACACUAGUGCUGUCUAAGAUGUGGUUUUCAAGUUCUGGCUUUAAUAUGUUCAAGUCCCCUUGUCUUUCUUUAAGUAGGUAAAUGCUGUUUGUUAAUGUUGCUAACUAAAAUGUACUAUAGCUUUUCUUCAGGGAAAACUCAGAAACUGAGUUGCAAAUUAGAGCAAUGCAAAGCAAUCCCCUCCGCAGGUGUCUGCUCUCAUUCCAGCUGUGCCUGGGGAGGGAGGCAUGGGCUCUGCCUAGAGCUCAGCAUCACAAGGAAUUUCUGCCACUGUGCUUGACUAACCCACGUUUGCAACUUUGCUGUGCUUUUUACAGGAGAAAGCAGUAAUGAAAGUGAGUAUGUUCAGGCACAUCGAGUCAGAGUAGAGCCACAGCAUAGGCGUGCAGACUUUUUUUAGGUAAAGUUUCCAGUUCAAUUACUGAAAAUUACUACUAUGGUUUUACAAAGUAAAACUGCAGUAUCUUUAAAAAAGGGACUCUUUUGUAGGUGUGUUUGUCUUGCGUGGGUAUCCGUCUCAAACUGAAUGUUGGGUUUGUUUGUAAGUAAAUUCAGAGUAUAGCCUAUGUGAGCAAAACCAACAGCUGUAUUCUGCUGCCCUCUGUUUGGACCAUAUUGUUAAAUCAGUGGUGUUACCUUAAACUUUUAAGGGUAUCUGAUGUAAUUACAUUGUAUAAUGGUUUACAAUAAAGUUUGACUUAUUACAGAUUUGUA